UAAAACAUGUCUUAUAAACCAGUAACACACGUGCUCUUUGAUAUGGACGGGUUGUUACUCGAUACAGAAAGAUUGUAUACAGUCUCGUUCCAGGAAGUCUGUGACAGGUUUAAUAAGCAAUAUACUUGGGAAGUGAAGUCCUCUGUGAUGGGCAAGAAGGCUCUGGAUGCUGCCAGGAUUAUAAGAGACAAAAUUGGACUUCCUAUGACCCCUGAAGAGCUCCUAGAAGAGACCAGAAAAAUUCAGGAGCGUUUGUUCCCCACAACUUCUCUACUACCAGGUGUAGAAAGGCUUGUCAAUCAUCUACACAAGCAUGGCAUCCCUAUUGCUGUUGGCACAAGCUCAGCAGGUCUGACCUUUGAGAUGAAGACCAGCCGUCAUAAAGAGUUCUUCAGCCUCUUCAGUCACAUUGUGCUUGGGGAUGAUCCGGAAGUAAAAAAUGGCAAGCCACUCCCUGACACUUUUUUGGUGUGUGCCAAAAGAUUCUCUCCCCCAGCCAACCCUGAACAGUGUUUGGUUUUUGAAGAUGCUCCAAAUGGGGUGAAGGCGGGUCUGGCAGCUGGCAUGCAGGUGGUGAUGAUCCCUGAUGAUAACCUGGACCGCAGCCUCACCCACGAAGCAACCUUACUGCUCAGAAACAUGGAAGACUUCAGACCAGAACUCUUCGGUCUCCCAGCCUACGCGUAAGGACAGCAAUCACCACAGUGAUUUCAGUUCCACUACGCUUUAUCCUGUCAAUUUUUGAAAAAUGAAAUCAGGCUGCAGUGUAACUCCUGCAAUCAAAAACAGGAGAAACUAAUCUCUACCAUUAUUUCUGUCAGCCAUGGAUUUGCUGUUCAGGGACACAACGGAAUGCUGAUUGUUUCGAUUUUAUUUUUUAUUUUUGGCCAAUCACAACACUGAAUCUCUUUCCUUUGACCACCCUGAUGACACAAGACAAAUUUGAUUAUGCUGCUCAAUUAGCCUCAGUGAAACCAUUAGGAUUUAUUGACAUUUUGCGUUUUAGCCAAUUACUGUGUGACAUUUCUUUAUUUAUAUACUUUUUUUUUUUUAUCCAGUGCAAGUGGCUCAAGCUGUAAUGUUUGCAUCACUUUAAAUAAAUCUCCAAUUCAGAGCUCACAACUUUCCAGUCAUGGUUUAAAUUUACAGUAUGUAAUGGUUUAACUAACCAGCUAGACCAGCCGUGUUUUCUAUUAGCGUUACCUUUCCUCCUCACAGAGGUCUAUUAAAAUACCAAAGCGAGUUUUGAGUUUGAACCAUGUGGCGUAAUCCAAUAAAGGGGAUUGGAGAGCGCAGUCGUCUUUCAUCUUCUUCCAGUGUCCGCCUUCACAGAGCUGGAGUUAGCAUGUUCACUCAUUUCAGCGCUGUCCAACAUCUCACAGAGUUCAAGACCGUCUUCUUUCAGCCUUCCCCUCUGGUAGAAAGAAAAGGGAUUUUUUUAUGCCAGCAUCCACUUCUUCCUUCGCAUAUGCCGUGUCCUUUCAUCCUUAAAGAUGGAGUAAUCUGGAAAGCUUUUCCUUCUUUAGGACUUUCCACUCCCAGAAGGGCUUUUACAUGUCAUUUCACACCUGACGGAUCUAAGGCUUAGGGUGUGAGGGACUGGGGCUUGUGUUAGUGUGCCUUAGAAAUGAACUUUGUUUAUUAAAGAACAAUAUUCCUAAUGGUGGAAUUGAUUUCUGGGUAUUUUAACCUCUACGAAGGAUUAAAAAAAUACUUGUUUUUACUACAGGGCUGUUGAAUGCUUGACUGUGAUUGGUUGAUUCAAAGAAGUUAUUUUAAGGGAAACACAGAUAAAGUAGUUCCAGGCAGGUUUUGACUGAAUUACAGUUUGGAAGAGACAUACGAAAAUGCAUAAAAACCAUAAAAUGUUUUAAAAUACA